CUCUGUUCUCUUCUUUCUUAAAUCCCCACCUCGAAAUCACAGCACCCCUUGCUGUUCCUCUAUUCACCCCUUUUCUCGUCCUUUCCUUCAGUUUCCAUUUUCUUGGGUCUCCAACCCUGUCUAUUUCUUUCGUUGUUGGGAUUGGUGAGUACUCAUUGCUUUUCUCCUCCAAAAUUAUAUUUUUCUCUCUCUCUCUCGUUUUCUUUUAGAGGUGCAACCAUGGCGGAUGCCCCGGUCCUCGACAAGGGGGAGGAGGAGGGGGACAGUGUCGACUUGCCUCCAGGCUUUAGAUUCCACCCCACAGAUGAAGAGAUCAUCACUUACUACCUCUCUCCAAAGGCUCUUAACGGCAGCUUCCGUGCAACAGCGAUGGGGGAGGUGGAUCUGAACAAGUGCGAGCCAUGGGAUCUUCCAAUAUUGUUCUCGUGUGAAGGCAAGUCCAAGAUGGAGGAGAAGGAGCGGUACUACUUCUGCCGGAGGGACAGGAAGUACCCAACUGGCACGAGGACCAACAGGGCCACAGAAGCUGGCUAUUGGAAGGCAACCGGCAAGGACAAAGAGAUCUAUAGGGGGAGAGGUAUCCUGGUUGGCAUGAAGAAGACCCUUGUGUUUUAUACGGGGAGAGCUCCCAGGGGAGAGAAGACAAACUGGGUCAUGCAUGAAUACAGGCUUGAAGGCAAAGCCCCUAACUCCAUUAUCCCUGCAACAGCCAAGGAUGACUGGGUUGUGUGUAGGGUCUUCCAUAAGAACAUCGGAAUCAAGAAAAGCCCGGUGCCGGGACUCGAGAGGAUAAGCUCUUUUGGAGAAGAUUUCCUGGACUCUUCCACGUUGCCUCCUCUAAUGGAUCCCUCUUACUACAGUUCAAAUAUCUGGCCAACUCAAAGCUACAUCAACGAGGGCGAGGGCUUUGAAUUCAAGGGGAUUCCUUCUAGCUCUGCAUCCAUGCCUUCCUAUUACUCCUCCAUGCUGGGCGUGGAGAACCGGCGAGAUGUCAGUCUUCAAGCAAGCUCCGGAAAUCAACCUGAGAAUUCAGUGUUCUACCCCCAAGUCCCUCCUCAGCGCCCGCACUUCUCUCUCCCGGAAGCGGCCAGUUUGGGCUACUUGCACCACGAUGAUGCAAUGCUUCGAGCUUUGGCUGCCACCAACGCUGCAUCAUCUGCCAUCAGGAGGCCUUGCAAGGUGGAGCAGUACUCGAACCAGUCGAUGAUUAGCCCAUCGCAGGAAACGUGGCCGGGCGCCGGUCGGAACACCACCGAGAUUUCCUCCAUGGUGUCAAAGCGUUAUGAUGAUCUCGACGAACCUUGCUCGGCUGCAUCAGUGAUGGACUUUGACAGCAUGUGGAAAUACUGAAAAAUUUGAGAUUGAUUCAUGUGUUAGCUCCAGAAUCUGUUAGGCUCUUGUUUCUCUCCAAGGCCACUCAUGUCUUAUUAAUUGCAGAAGAGAAGGCCUUGUGUUUUAUAUACUGUCAAUGUAUAUAGACUUCUGAUCGCCUAGCAUAUAUGCAGAUUAAAAACUUCUAGAGAGGAAUGAGAUGAAGGUGUGAACACUCAUGUAAAUUUAUUCUUUGGUUGAGUUAGGACCCAUAAUUUGUGCUAUCUUAUUUGAUUAAUUAUUGGAAUCGUUCUUGUAUUGAAAAA